UUCCAUCUUUCACAUAUGGAGUUUGCAUGCCCCUCCUUGCCAAUCCUUCUCAGCUUUCUUCUUUUCGUCUUCAUGGUGAUGAAAAUAGGGAAAAGAUUUAAAACCAACGAUGGAACUUUAAAUCUCCCUCCAGGGCCGUUGAAAUUACCUUUUAUUGGAAAUCUUCACCAGCUUGUUGCUAUGGGGUCUCUUCCUCAUCGUGCACUAAGAGAUUUGGCCAAGAAAUAUGGACCCUUUAUGCACCUACAGCUGGGAGAACUUUCUACUAUUGUUGUUUCUUCGCGGGAGUACGCUGAACAAGUGAUGAAAACUCAUGACGUCGUAUUUGCUUCAAGGCCUUAUAACGAAGCAAUCAGUGUCAUGACUUAUCAUCAAAGCGAUAUAGUCUUUUCACCAUAUGGCGAUUACUGGAGAAAGGUAAAGAAAAUCAGUAAGACGGAGCUUUUAAGCCCAAUACAAGUCGAAUCUUUCCGACCUUUGAGAGAAGAAGAGGCUUCUAAUCUCAUAAAUUCGAUUGCUUCAAAAGCAGGAUCAGUGAUCAACCUCACCGAGGUAAUUUUCUCAUCCACAUAUGGAGGCACUUCAAGGGCGGCUUUUGGCAAAAAAUGCAAAGAUAAAGAAUCAUUCAAAUCCGUCAUAAAUGAUGCUAUAAAAUUGCUAGGAGGUUUUGAUGUAACGGAUUUGUUUCCUUCCAUCAAACUGCUCCAAUAUAUUACUGGAAUCAAGUCGAAAAUCGAGAAACUGCAUCAAGAAGCUGAUAAAAUAGUUGAAAACAUUGUGAAUGAACAUAAGAUGUCUGACAAGAGUGAAAGAGAGGCAGAUUUGGUUGACGUUCUCCUGAAGUUUCAAGAGUAUGGUGAUGAUCCUCAAUUUUCUUUAACAGCUGAGAACAUCAAAGCAAUCAUCUUUGACGUUUUUACUGCCGGUAGUGAGACAUCUGCUACUGUAACAGAUUGGGCAUUCUGUGAACUGAUAAAAAAUUCAACGUUAAUGAGAAAGGCACAAGCUGAGGUGAGGGAAGUGUUCAAUACCAAAGGGAAGGUUGAUGAAACGAGCAUGAGUGAAACGAAGUUCUUGAAGCUAAUAAUAAAAGAGACUUUGAGAUUACAUUCUGCUGCUCCUUUGUUGAUUCCAAGAGAAUGUAGAGAACAGUGUGAGAUUAAUGGAUUCAACAUACCAGCCAAAACCAAAGUCAUUGUUAACGCAUGGGCCAUCGGAAGGGAUCCAAACUAUUGGAUUGAACCUGAGAGCUUUAUUCCAGAGAGGUUCGUUGAUAGUGCUAUUGACUAUAAGGGGACUAAUUUUGAGUUAAUUCCAUUUGGCGCUGGGAGGAGGAUUUGCCCUGGAAUUUUAUUUGGUCUGGCCAGUGUUGAGUUUCAUUUGGCGAAUUUGUUGUACCAUUUUGAUUGGAAACUUCCUGAGGGAAUGAAAAAUCAAGACCUGGAUAUGACAGAGUCCUCUGGUUUGACCGUAAGAAGAAAAGAUGAUUUAUGCUUGAUUCCCAUUCCUUACCAUCCAUAAGUACCUAUAGUGAAAGUAAAAAAAUAUAUAUAUAGUUUUUGAAAUAAAAACAGGGGUUUGAAAAUGUUAAAAAUAAAACACCGCCUCUCUCUACCUCUUAUCCUAUAGAAUCUUCUUGCUCUACAAGUAUUCAGGAAUUUCUGCUACAAGAUAUCAACUCUCGUACAGCCAUCCGAGAAUCUAGAAGAAUAUUCAAAGUCAGCUGAGUAGCCAACGUCAGCAACCACAAAUAAAUACUAUUGUCGCUCUUAUGAAAGUGAGUGUAGAGGAGUGUUGGUUGGUGAGUAUAAGUGGAGAAUUAUAUCUCCAAGAGUGUGAAGUGGAGAACUAUAUCUGCAAGAGGGUGAGAAAAUAAUGUAUAUGAUGACGUGAGCUUUAAUGAUAGAUUUAUAGUUGGUCAAUAUUGUACAAAUAUCUAAAAAAUAAAAGACAAAAGGACUGUUUCCUAUUAA